AGAGGAGCAAGGGCGCCGGAGGUGAGCAGAGCCCGCGGGACGCGAGCCCUGGGCGCCCGCGCAGCCUCUCGGUCCUUUCUCCCGGCAGUGGCGGCGGCCGAAUCCCCUUAACCAUAUUCGCACUCUGGCCUCCCGGCGCCUUUCCUGGGGCUGUCCGGAGGCCGUGGCCGGGCAGCUGUUGCACCGAGAGGGGGCAGCUGCGGAGUUCCAUAACCAUAGCAACCGCAUCAGCACCACGGCGGCGGCAGCGGCGCGAGGGCAGCAUCCUCUCGCUCCUCCUCCAGGCAGCCUCGCCUUGGGGACCUGAGACCCAGCUCGCAGGUGCCGCGGACUCCUCCGUCCGCCACCGCUGCUGCAAGUGUUGGCGGCUGGAGAAGGCAAAAAGAGGAGGGUGACAGGCCCGGAGCCAGCCGAGCUGGGCCCUAGGAGGUGAGAGAGGGGAGCCCUGCAGUAGGAGACAGGUAAUGAACCAAAAAGAUCAUGUCUGAAGUUCAAGGAACGGUUGAGUUUUCUGUAGAGCUACAUAAAUUCUAUAAUGUGGAUCUCUUUCAGAGAGGGUAUUACCAGAUCCGAAUGACCUUGAAGGUGUCCUCCAGGAUCCCUCACAGACUGAGUGCUUCCAUCGUGGGACAGGCAGAGAGCAGCACUCUGCAUUCCGCCUGUGUCCAUGAGAGCACUGUGCACAGCCGGGUCUUCCAGAUCUUAUACAGGAAUGAAGAGGUGCCCAUAAAUGAUGCCAUGAUCUUUCGAGCUCAUUUGCUCCUUGACGGUGAAAGGGUGGAAGACGCGCUGAGCGGAGUCGAGUUUCAGCUCAAGGCGGACCUGCACUUUACGGAUAGUGAAGAGCAGUUAAGGGACGUGGCCGGGGCACCAAUGAUCAGCAGCCGCACACUCGGCCUGCACUUCCACCCCCGGAGAGGUCUGCACCACCAGGUCCCUGUCAUGUUCGACUACUUCCACCUGUCAGUGAUCUCCGUGACCGUUCACGCUGCCCUGGUGGCUCUGCAGCAGCCCCUGAUCAGUUUUGCUCGUCCGGGAAGAGGCUCCUGGCUUGGUAAAGGCGGCCCAGACGUGGGAACAGAACAGUCCAUCAUUUCUCUGGAGAACUUGGUCUUUGGAGCUGGAUAUUGCAAGCCGACUUCCUCAGAGGGAAGCUUCUAUGUCCCCUCAGAGAACUGCAUGCAGCAUGCCCACAAGUGGCACCGCGACCUGUGUCUCCUGCUACUACAAGCCUACCGGGGCCUCCGCCUCUACUUCCUACUCAUCAUGAGGGACAUCCCAGAGCUGCCACACAUGGAGCUGGAGGCCCUUGCUGUUGAAGAAACGCUCUCCCAGCUAUGCUCAGAGCUCCAGAUGCUGAACAAUCCAGAGAAGAUAGCUGAGCAGAUAAGUAAGGAUCUCGCCUGGCUUGCUUCCCACCUGAUGGCUCUGUGGACACAGUUCCUGGAUACGGUGACACUCCACUCCCAAGUGACUGCUUAUCUCACCCAGGAGCACCACAGCCUGAGGGUCCGAAGGUUUUCUGAGGCCUUUUUUUAUAUGGAGCACCAAAAACUUGCUGUCUUGACGUUUCAGGAAAACCUCAUACAGAUGCACAGCCAGCUGUCUCUGGACAUCCGGAAUUCGGAGUACCUCACCAGUAUGCCCCCGCUGCCCGCAGAGUGCCUGGACAUCGAUGGUGACUGGAACACCCUGCCAGUCAUCUUUGAGGACAGAUAUGUGGACUGCCCUGCAACAGGACCCAAUUUGAGUGUUUAUCCUAAUUUCAAAGUUCCAACUGUAAGUCCCUCAAUAAUGAAUCUAAAAGAAAAAGAAGAGAACCAUGUUAUAAAUAGGAAAUCAUCUUUUAGGGGAGACUUUGUCUUAUCUACCAGGAAACCACCUCAAGUGGACACUAAUGAGGAGGUUACUAGGUGUCCAGGGCCAGACAAGAAUGUAACCCCAGCAGAUCAUGUGGACGUGUGCUCCGAAUCUCAGGUGUAUCUGACAAUCGGUGAAUUCCAGAACAAAGCAGGUGUGCCCGAAGAUGAAUGUGGGUCUGGCCAAAUGUCUGAUGUCAGAACCCAUCCACUGGCAGAUGUGGACAGCCCCAGGAGGAGUCCAGGCCCAGAGGAUGGACAGUCUACAGUGUUGACCUACAUUGAGGUAAAAUCCAGUAAUCAGAACCUCCACAAAGCUGAGCCCAUGGAACUCUCUAGUGAGAGUGGCAGCCCUAGGGACAGUUACAGGACAGUAUCAAGUAAAGUGGUAGCGGGUGGAUAUCACCAAAAUGCCAUCUCUUCAGACAAAGCACCUAUCACCGAGUUGAGUCCUUCAGGAAAGGGGACAGAACCAGAGGGUCAGCCAGUGCUGCUGAGCCUGAGACUCGCCCCCACCGAGACCCCGCUAAGUGCUACUCUGACGGAGCCUUUGGAUCCUAGGUCUUCCUUCCAGGACCCUCAUGUGGAAGAGCAGGAGGAGCUGUCCACGCUGUCUGGGGCCAUCAAGCGGUCUUCUUCCCUCAUAUCUGACUCAGGCAUUGAGAGUGAGCCAAGCUCUGUGGCCUGGUCAGAGGCCCGAAGCAGGGCCGUGGAGUUAGCCAGUGAUCGGGAAGUCCUGCACCAGUUGGUUAGAAGACAUGCACUCCACAGGAACUCCCUGGAGGGUGGACACACAGAAAGCAACACCAGCUUGCCCAGUGGCAUCCAGGCCUCUCUCACCUCCAUCAGCUCUCUGCCUUUUGAAGAGGAGGAACGUGAGCUGGCACUCACCAAGCUGACCAAAUCUGCAUCUGCACCCCAAAUCAGCAGCCCGGAAGACGCAACUGAAGGUGCAGACGCCAUGGGGAAAAAAGGAGACUUCCCUGAAGCUUCAGAAAUGCAGAAGAGCAAAGGUUCCCCUGAGCAUAGCUCUCAACCAAGCGGAAGGUCCAGAGCCCAGGAUGCCAGGGCAGUCCAGUCCUUUGGGGAAACAGUUUCACCUGCUGACCAACAUCAAGACCCUGGUUACAUGGACAUCCCCCAAGGUAAAGAGAGCCAGGUGGAGCCUCAAGGCCACUAUCGUCUGGAUGGCAGGACUGAGAACACUCCAGAUAGCGAAACCAAAGGUCUUAACUUAAAAAUACCACGUAUCAUAGCGCUUGAGAAUCCCAGGACCCGGUCAUUGCAUAGAGCACUCAUGGAAACCCCCAAGGGCAGGCCUAAAGACUCGCACGUGGGCAAACACAUUCUCUCCAACAGCAGUAUCUCAGGAGUCGGGGAAAUGUCCCACCACAAGGUGCCUGAGUUCAGCUGUACAUCAGCUUCUGAUGCCACCACCCUGAAUCCUGAGCACAGUGGUGCGCCUGGCGCUGUGGGCCACGUGGUGUUGCAUAGAGAACCUGAUGCCUUCCUAGAGGAUGAACACGAAGCAGGCACUGUGUGCCACGCUCUGACUCCCUCCAUCCCUUCCCAAAUUCUGAGAAACCAAGAGCUGAGGACAGGCGCUUCCAUCAUGGGUCCCCCGCUGGCCUCUGCAGAGACCUUUUCUCUGGAGAGCCUGAAGACCGUGGAGGUGGUCAACUUGUCCGUGUCUUGCACUGCCACCUGUCUCCCUUUCUCAUCUGUGCCCAAGGAGACCCCUGCCAGGGCUGGGUUCUCUUCCAGACAGACCCCAGUUCCCAUCACUCAUCAGCCUCUGGGGUCCUUUGGAGUUGUUUCUACCCAUUCCAGCAAGUUGGAGGAAGAUGUCGGUGAAAGGAUGUUCAGUUUUUAUCAGGCCAAAGAAAAAUUUAAAAAAGAACUGAAGAUUGAAGGAUUUCUGUACAGUGACUUAUCUGUACUAGCUUCUGAUAUACCAUAUUUCCCACCAGAGGAAGAGGAAGAAAACUUGGAAGAUGGGAUUCACCUGGUUGUCUGUGUCCAUGGCCUGGACGGGAACAGUGCAGACCUCCGGCUGGUAAAGACUUUCAUAGAGCUGGGGCUCCCUGGAGGAAAACUGGACUUCCUCAUGUCUGAAAAGAAUCAGACAGACACGUUUGCAGAUUUUGAUACCAUGACGGAUCGAUUACUGGAUGAAAUCAUUCAGCACAUUCAGUUGUACAACCUCUCCAUAUCCCGAAUUAGCUUCAUUGGCCAUUCUCUUGGCAACAUUAUCAUCCGAUCUGUCCUCACCCGGCCCCGGUUCCGGUAUUACCUCAACAAACUCCACACGUUCCUGUCACUGUCUGGGCCUCACCUGGGGACCUUGUACAACAACAGCACCCUGGUUAGUACAGGCUUGUGGCUCAUGCAGAAAUUAAAGAAAUCCGGGUCACUUCUGCAGCUGACCUUCAGGGAUAAUGCUGAUUUACGCAAAUGCUUCCUGUACCAACUAAGCCAAAAAACAGGGCUGCAGUAUUUUAAAAACGUUGUGCUGGUUGCUUCCCCCCAAGACCGCUAUGUGCCAUUUCAUUCAGCCAGGAUUGAGAUGUGCAAAACCGCCCUCAAAGACAGACACACAGGGCCAGUUUAUGCGGAAAUGAUCAACAACCUUUUGGGCCCUCUGAUUGAAGCCAAGGACUGCACUUUAAUCAGGCACAACGUGUUCCACGCCCUGCCCAACACUGCCAACACCCUGAUCGGCCGAGCCGCUCACAUCGCGGUGCUGGAUUCGGAACUUUUCCUAGAGAAGUUUUUCUUGGUGGCAGGACUCAACUAUUUCAAGUAGUGGCUGUGAGGGAGCAGGCCUGGGGUAGCCCUCCAGAAGUGUUAAGGUGAACUGAGUGCUUUUGCUGGGGCACAUGCCCCCUCUGCCAUGCCAGGAUGGAGUAGCAGGAGAGGCGUGGGGAUGGGGCUGGGUAGAACUGAACCCUAGUGGUGCUUCUGUUUAGAGAUCUGGGAACACAGAGUGUAAAAGACAACAAUCUUUGCUUGAAUUUGUCUAGCCACAUGGAGUCUCUUUUAAGAUGCUUUCUAGGAAAAAUAGGGGAAAAUAAAGAAAAAACGCUUGGAGUAGGAGAGAGCCCCCCUUCUUCACCCUCACGGCUCGCAGACAGGUUGCUCCAGUUGAACUGUCCAACAUGUUACUAGCUCAUAGCUUUAUCAUUUUGAUUAAAUUAAGUGCACACAAGCAUUUCAGAACUCAGGUUAACCUCUGUGCAGAAGUGCAACAUAUUUGUGUAAAUAGAACCCUUACUAGAUUCCAAUGUGCCACUUAUUUAAACAAAAUGUGAUACCCGCACUCUUGUUCUUUCUUCAUGUUCUCCAAACAAGGGGCAAAGGAAUGUGUGGCACAACCCCAUUAUGUUCUGUGACAGCAGUAGGUGGAGUGACAAUGUAAGAAGGAGCAGAGGUGAUGCUCUUAGUAAAUACAAGUUUGUUACAAACAAAAAUAACCAUAGGAAAGUUACUCCACCUACUUCCUCGAACUCUCUAUGCAUAGCCUGAUCCAAAAUUUAUUUUUGUGAUUGCUUCAAUCUCUAGGGGGAGGGAAAACUGAGCGAGAUUCUAGCUGCAGGAGGGGGCACUUGAGCUAGAUGCAUGCCUGCGAAGCUCCCGCUGAAACACUUCCAAAGAAAUGCUGAGUCAGCACUGGAUACAGUUGCAAAAAAAAUAAGACCAUUAACAUGGCCGGCUGUUUCUCUUCUCCCUGAAGGAGAAAGACGUCCAAAUGGAGGAGUGCUGGAUAAAAACCUCAGGGGAGCUCUCGGAAGGGUGCUGGAUAACUUUCAGUUGAAGUGACUUCUUGCCUUAGGAAAAUAAAGGGCUAGGAAGGUCAACACUGAUAAAUGACAGGGGCCAAAGUAAGGUCAGGCUGGAGAACAAAAGCCAGACUGAAGACUCCACUUAAACUGUCAUUGGUAAGUGACUUACAGGGAACUUUUGAAAAUAACCAGGAGGGUUAAUAUGGUCCCAAAGACUGAGUGCACCCUAUGGGCUAAGGCAAGGUCCAUGAAUCAUUCAGUCAUGUAGAAGGAACGCAUGAGCCAGGAGAGUAGAGACAGGAGACACGGAGACCACCUCAGGAGACGAAAGCUCGUAGUUCUGCACAAUGCAGAGACUCCUCUGGUCCAAGCACCUGGAAUGUGGCUCCAGGUCAGAGAUGCCAAGUGGACCUGGUUUCGUGUAGGCAUUGUAGAUCCUCCCAAGUUAAACCAAAUGCAGACCCUGGGAAAAGAGUUCAGAAAGGCAACUUGCAGGAGAGAGGCAUUCUGCAUUUCUUAAAAACAGAAGUGGUGGGCCAGACAGGGUCAAAUGUUUUGCAAAGACAGAAUUCCACACAGCAAACUUAGGAUCUUUAUGAAUUUUCAUUAUAUCCUGUGAAACUUGUGUUUGUUAACCCCCUGGGGAUUUUCCUGAGUUCCCGUGCUGGUGCUGGCAUAGACUCUGGCUGCUCACGAGCAACCAUGCUUUUGUUCUAAAACCCAGGAGACAAGCAUUUCCUGGUCAUGCAGCCCAUGACAGGGUGUCUCCUGACCCAGACAAGUGCUCGUGCUCAGCACAGAUUGGAGGUUUGUAGCACCUUCUCUCUGGCCAUAUGAGGAGUCUGGCUCCUUGGAGGAGUGCAUUUCAUGUCCUGUUUCUGUCAUUCCCUGGUCACUCGAAAGACUGUGUAGCCAGCAGUUAUUGGAGCCAGGAUGAAUCUGAUGACCAUUGUCUUUUCCAAUAGCCAGAUGCCAUUUUUAACUUCCACAUGCUGUCUGGACACCGUGAGAACUAAUGGCAAUAAGCGUCCAGCUGCAUGGGGCACCUCUUUUUUAUAGAGGUGUCCUGCUGUCUUUGUAAACCCCCUCUGGCCUCUGUGCAUCUUAUACUUGUGUAGAAAGUACAUCUCUAUAUUGUAAAUAAGAAUGUCGAGUGUUGUGUGUUGUGCCUCAUUUGAAAAGGCUUUUUUAUGUCUCUUUCUAUUGAAGUAUAGAUACCUAAUAUAUAUGCAUAAUAAAUAUAUAUAUAUACAUAUGUAUAAUGUAAAGCAGGGACAUUCUAUUAUUGAUUAUAAAAAUUAUAAACAAAACGCCUGCCAACAUAAUGGUCUAGUAUGUCUUCAUUCUCAGCAUAAUAUUUUUGGUUGUUUGUAUGAUUUGUUAAGUUUCCCCAAACUAGUUAGAAAUAAAAUUCACUGAUAAUGAGAUUAUUCAGAAUUUCUUGUUCAUGAGCCAAAUAAACACAGAGAAGCAGGUAUGAGCCUGAGGUCAUGUUGGAGCAGAAUGCAAACCUUGGUGGCAGGUUGGAAGCAGGUAGGGUGCUUUGAACCUGUGGGGAGGUGGAGAGAGAAAAGCCUCUUGUUAGUGUAUGCCUAGAAUUCACAAGAUUGAGGAAUUUCAGCCUGUUCCAGAUGGGAGCACAGAGGUAAAACACAGAGCCCUGCUCUCAGGUAACGUCGUCCAGGAUGGGAUAUAUCCCAAGCUUCUGUUGGAGACUUGGACAGAUGCUGCGGGCCCAGAAAUCCAGUCUUCCUUGCUGCGGAAGGCCCAGCAGGCAGCCUGAAAGGCUAGACUAUGGGCCCUACACUGCCAGCUACCAUUACACAUUCUGCCAUUAGCACAUCCAUUCAUUCCCAGAUCUGCACUGAGGGCCUGCUCUAGCUAGGGAUGUGUUGGUUGGUGCACUAGCUCAUGGUCUAGCAGGAGCACAGCCAAUCAAAUGGGAAUUAUGUGGGGGUCAUUAUGAGUGGCCAUGGGAGAAGGUCUUGCUUGCACCAGAAAUGCAGGCUACUGGUGGCAGGAAAGGCCUCGUGGGAGAUUUGACAUGGAAGCAAGACAUGGAGUCUGCACAGGAGGGGGCCCAGUUAGGAUGGAUUGUAGGGAAUCUCUUGGAAAGAGGGGAGAGAAUAAGCAAAGGACUUCAAGUGAGAGAGAGAGAAGGAGACAGAGACAGAGACAAAGAGCAAGCCAUCUGAACAGCGGACACAGAACACCUCUGAUGGAAGAAGUGCAAGAUGUCAGACCCCUGCAAGAUUUUCUUAGGUCAAGAGGAAGUCUCCAUUGCUGACAUGAGUGGGAACUUUUCCACUUGGGACUGAGAUUGCUAGGAGUGGGUGAUUCCUGCCUAUCACUGGGCCAAUCCUCUGGGCUGGCUCUGGGGACCUGACUCCUCCUGUCCUAUGAGAAGCCCAGGCUGCAUCAAUUCUGAACUUCCCUUUGAAGAGCAUCAUUGAGCUGUCUGCUGGAGGAACACUGCAGAAAAUGGAAUCAGAUAAAUAGGCCAAGAAGACGGGCACAUGGUUUGGAUAAAGUGAUUUAUAUUUUUCUUUUAAUAAUUGGAAGGAAUCAAGUAAAAUUCCUAUAUUGAUAUUUGAAGGGACCACAUUAAAUACUCUUGGAUCCAACAAUUUAUGCAAAAAAAAAUAAGAAAGCUUCUUUAAUCCUUAGUUUAUAUGUGAGCAAUCUGCAGCCUCAUAAGACUCGGGUAAUAUAGUCAGAUCCACUGUCCUUCAUCAGGGCAAAAAUAUUUCCUGAUGGCCUGCCAUGAGCCAGAUGUUGGUCAUAAAACAAAGAAAACGAUCGUCCAUCCUGUCCUGAUGGAGUGUGUGUGUGAGGGGUUGGAGGUCGUAACAUGGGAUCCCAGGAGCAGUGGCAGCAGCAAAAGCCAGAUCCAGAAGGAGCCCUCUGAGGAGCCCAGGGGGAAUCUUCCACAUAGCACCUGGAUGGCAAAGAAUCAACUAGAAAUAAUAGCAGGCAACUCAGGAUUUUCCUUAGAGAAGAAAACCAUCUGAAAGUACCAGGACCCAAGGGAAGUGUGUCGCCAGCGCUCACUGUUGGAGGCUGGUGGCAUCUCUCUCUAAACAGGAAGCUGUUAGGUUAAAGUUUGCAUUUGUACAUUGGCCUUUCCUGCCACCAGUAGCCACUUUGAAUUUUAGUCACACUGUUUGGUUCAUUUUUAGUGUUGAUUUCUGAGAAUUUUCCACAAUCAGGGAUGCUGGGUACAUUUGUUCAGAUGGUGUAAAAAAGGAGAGACCAGGACAAAGAAGACACAGAAGUAGGGUGAUGCUUUCUCCUGUUGUCUUUGCAAGUCAUCCAUCCCUGUAUCCUUAGGAAGGAUGACGUUGUUCUCCAAAUGGCAGUUCAACAGCAUUUGCUAAUAUGUAGAUCAAUCUUUUUGUUGUUGCUGCUGUUCACUCAGUUACUCUUUACUUGUUUUAUUGAGCAUCUAUUUUGCGCUGGGUACUGGGCUAGGCUAUGGAGAUAUUAACAUAAAACAUAAUCUACUAAAAGGAUCUGGGAGGAUGGUAAACAUUUUGUGUUUUAUUUUUAACCAUUAAUGUUUCAUGUGAAAUCACAGGAUCUCAGAAACAGAAAAGGGGAAAUUAAUUGUUGAAUUCUGAUUCUACCUGGUGUUUAGCAGCCUGGACUUUAAGCUUUUCUUCCAUCUCACCAAUCAGGUCUCAUCUGUGUACAAAGUAUGAGUCAUUGCAGUGACAUUAAGGACACUAGGGCAUGUACGUGCUUCUUCACAGAUAUAAAGAACUUAAAGAAGAGUUUUCAAAACCUUUCAGAUGCCUUCCCAUGUUGCUUCCCUUCCUCAUUUCUCUCUCUAUCUUUUUUUUCAGUCCUGGGGAUUGAUCCCAAGGGUGCUUAACCACUAAGCCACAUCCCCAGUCCUUUUUUAUUUUGAGGCAGUGUCUCACUAAGUUACUGAGGUUGGCUUUGAGCUUGCAAUCCUCCUGCCUCAGCCUCCCAAGCCAUUGAGAUUAUGGGUGUGCACCUCCACACCUGGCCCUCAUUCUUUAAGAAGAAAAACAAAACAAAACAAACUUUUUUCUAUAUUCUAUCUACUUUCUUUACUUUUUUUCCCCCUUAAACAUUUUUCCCAGCACUAGGGCACUAGGCACAAUAUUGGUGGUGUAACCAAAGAAAACUGUGGGCAAUCCAGAGAAGAAAAGCCAAGCCCCACCCCCAGGGCCUCUUCCAUGGUGAACAGGAACAAUAGACUGCUGUGGAACAGUUCCAGGUGCCAAAAUUUAUAAACCAACUGUAGUGUUGGGGAAAACAGUCCCAGCAAUUUCAGUCACAUAAUUAAAUGCCCUGGAUGCAGAGACCUAGCCUCUAGACAGAUGUAAAUGUAUGCGUGUUGCUGGAUAGUGCUUUGCCCAUCACCAAACUGGUUAUUACCCUAUAUUUUGUCUUUCUUUCAUGACCCAUUAUGUGGUUUUAAGCCAAAGUACUCAAACCCCAAAUUUCAGGACUGAUCACACUCAGAGACAUUGAAAGAAAAACUAAAUGUGGACUCAUGUUUAUCUCAUGGUCAAGGAAUGGAAUUAAUACGCAAAGGUCAAUUUCUGUUUGCUGGGUUUUGCAUACAUGAUUGAACUAAUCCUUAAAUCCCAUACACACCACACAAAUGCACCAGAGAGGAGCAAAGUGGCUUGCCUACGGUCACACCGCUCAGCGUGGAAGAGAAAAGCUCGCACCCUGAGCCUCUGCUGCAUUUCCUCUAAUGCAGACAAGUCACUUAAUCAUACAAGUCAUGCAUCUUGCUUAAAUUGAAGCCAGAGUUCAAGGCUAUGAAGCUUUAAGAAAUUCUAUUACAACCUAGUACUAUAUGAGGAACCAACUUGAAAAUAAAGGAACACCAGAAAAAGUUCCUCAGUGACAAAGUGGCUUUAUGAAGCAUGGUCCACAGAGUAACCAGGCAACUGGCUGCCCUGCUGAAUCUACGUGUUUCUCUGUCUCUCCUUCUCCUCCCAAAGUCUCUUUCCACAGCCCAGGAUGCUUUUCUUCCCCUAGCUUCCACCUACAGUUUCCAUCUCUUUCUACUGUUUCUACAUUGGGAUGACUGAUCGUAUUCUCCAGGAACCAAGUUCUUUAAAACAGGUUUGAAGUUGCACUAAAUUGUUCUUGGUUUGUGGAUUCCUGCUUCAGGAUGUACCUGAGUCCAUGUCAUGCCAUUAGAGCCCAGUUUUCUCAGGGUCCCACAAGCCCUCUCCUCUCUCAUUCCUUAUCCCAUCCUCCCCUGUAUCCUUGUAGGUUUCCCACUGGGCAUAUCUGUCUCUAAUUCAUCCCUGGAAACCUGGUGCUCUGAGCCUCUGCAAGAAGCCCCUUCCCCGGGUAGCACAUUGUCAGUGUGCACCCUGACGGUACAGAAUAGGUGUUCAACAGAUACUUGCUGGAAAGAGUCAGUUUCUUGAAGCUCCUGUUUUCUUUUGUUGGCCCCUCAUCUUAUCCACAGCAAGUGAUUCUGAAGCAAAUGCAGUUUGACAUUGGCUCAUAUUUGUUCUCUAAGCCUCUAAAUUUGCAAGAAGAGAGUGGUUUUAGGAGGUGAGACUUCACCGUGGAGUUUUGCUCUGGAAAGGGCCUGUUCCCUCAUCCAAUGAAAAUGCCCAUAAAGUGUGGACAGAAGGGGGUGUGGCCAAGACAGGAUGGGGGAGCUCUGGAAUAGCAUGUGCUGUAGAGUUGGUAUUUGAAAAACCAGGAGGGCUAGCUUAGGAAUAGUUUCUACCAAGAGAGUGGCUAAGGCAAGUUGCUCCAUAAGAAAGUAUGGCAUUUUCUACGUGGCUUCGAAGUGAAUUCUGCACAAUGGCUUGAGGGAAGUUACCUUGACUGGAGUUUCAGGCUCAACAUCUUGGGACCACAGGAGCCUUGGAACUGGUGUUGUAUGAUUGGAAGAUCUGUGUGAUAAAACUGCCUUCCUGCUCAGGUGUAUUGUAAGGCAUUGUUAGGUGGAGAGCUGAGGAAAGGCCACAGCUUGACCUAUAGCUAGGAAGAGUAUUAUGUCUGAUUUAAGGUGUUUGAAGCUGAAAUCUAUAAAUGUCACUCCAUUCUUUCAUAUUGCAUCAAACUGCAAAGACAUCCUGAAAAUGUUCUUUAGCCCAGGGACAAACAUACCACAUAUGGCAAAAUACCUUGUCCAUCCUUCAGGUCCUGAGGGAGUUUAAUAAGAAGAACCAAGGUUCUUCGUUUAGUGGAUGCCUUUGUCUUCAUGAAAGGGUAUUUUUGCUUCAUUCAUGAUUUUCCCAUAACCCAUCCUUGAACACAUCUCUUUUGUAAACAGUAUUUGUUCACUCUCUGCUUGACUCUGUGCUAAGUAUUGGUGACCACAGAAGUCCAUCAGAUGUGACCCUGGCAGUUAGUCUAGUGGUAGGAAAGAAUGUCCCAGACAGGAUGAGGCACGAGAGCAGGUGGGAGCAUUGACAGUAAUAUCAUUCUGUGACUUUAAAGCAAAGCAGCCCCCCACACCCUGUUACUGGGCUUUUGAUGUCCCACGUGGGUUGCCACACAGAAAACUAGCCCAGGUGAGUGGCUCAUGUCGACCAUGCCACUCUGGUAGGAUUUUGAUGCUUCUUGCAGCUGUCAUCCCAGGAUUAGUGUCAAGGUCUUAGAUCUGUAAAGGUGAGGAGGUGAAAGAUACAUGGCCCAACUUAGCCUGCCAAGAAGCCCCUCCCCCGGGCAGCACAUUGCCUGUCUGUCAUACAGAGUCUAUGAAUGGCCUGUGAAUAAGCUUGCCUUUCUUUUCAAAUUAAUACAAAAAAAUAGAUGACCAAAUAAAUAAAAGUAUCUGAUGGUGUCCACCAGCAUUUCCAGGCUUAGAUUUGGCCAAGGAAACCACUGUGUAACUUAUGUUUAUUGAUGGCAUAGGGCAGGGCUCUGGAAUUUUUUUAUUUUUUAUUUAUUUAUUUAUUUUUUUUUUGUAUUUAAAAUGUGACCUCCUACAUUAUAGAUGGUAAAGAGAGGCAGAGUCUUUUUUUUUCAUGGUCCUUUCCUCAGAAACAAAACAUGAAUGUAUAGCUUGAUGCCACUGUGAAUCCUAAUGCACAUUUAUUCUGGUGACAAUAUCUGUGUACAAUAAUUGCAGUUUCCUGCACACUCUUGCAAAUUGUCUGUGAAACAACCAUCCUAAUAAUAACAAAGUCAUUAGUGCUGAUAUAGGUCUACUAUUUUUCUACAGUUGCUUCUUGGUUGGCUUUUGUGUAAACUGUGAUGUGUAUAAAUGAUAAAUAACAAUAAUAAUAAUA